AUGAUAAGAUCAACUAAUCAACAAAUUACUAGUGUACUCUUUAAAUAUAUAUAUAUUGACAAGAAUGAGAGAUGGGGAAAAGGGAGGAAGGAGAUGUCAAGUAUAUCAUUAUAUUGUAGAAGAUCAAUUGGUACAUUAUUUGGUCAACAGAAUGCAUUCUCGUUGAGUGCCAAUGCAUCAAAUAGUUUAUAUCGUUUUGGUCGUGCGAGAAAGGUUGUUGGUAACCCAUUCCUCCAAGAAGACGAUGACGAAGAUUUCAUGGAAGACAGUGGUGAUGGAGAAGGUGACCAACAACAAAAGUUGUCAAAGGGAUCGCUCGACAAGAUCAAACAAAGAUUCACAAAGAUAUACAAGAGACCUCAACCAACCACUGCCAAGCCAUCAGCAGAGGAACAACAAUUAAGAGAUAUCAUUAAAAGUUACGCAAAAUAUAGUCAAGAAACUGCUCAAAAGAGAGAUGAUGAAGAAAAGGAAAAAUCACACUUGCAAUGGGAAGCAAUUGCAGAAUUACCAGAGGAUUUAAGAAAGAUUGCAUUGUUGGUAGAUACACAUGACGAAGCACCAAUGCCAAUUCCAACUUGGACUCUUACACCACCAUCCAAAGACCCACAAUCAAAGAUUGUUUGGAAGAAAAAGGAUAAAUUAAAGGUUGUCAAGAGAUCAGAAGAACAACUUACUGGUGAUCUUUUCUAA